AAGAGGGGGUCGGACUCCCUCAAACUGUAAGUUAUGGAUGGCUGUGAGUGUGGGAACUGAACCCGGGUCUUUCGGAGGAGCAGCCAGUGCUCGCUCGUAAGGGCUGAGCCAUUCUCUUCAGCUCCGACCUAGAGGCUGGGCGUCUCUGGGAAGCGCGUUUAGAGCCUCGCCCUUCCUUUUCAUCAGUCACGCGGCUUCUUGCAGCAGAUUCCCUCAAGAACUCAUUUUCUCCACUCUAUUUGCUAACAGCUCCUGCCACUAACCGAUACUGUGAACGAUAGCCAAUGAGGCCUCGGUGUGGGCGGGCCCAAGAUGAGAUCUCGCUUCCGAUUGGCUAGAGGUACUUAGCAAAUGGCGGAGACGCUGAGGCGGGUGCUGAAUGCCGGCCGCGCGGCAGGCCCCGGAGAGGAUGGUGCUGCUGGGCCGCCACUGCUGUUGCUCGGCGCUCCGCGCUCUGCGCAGACGUCGCUGUUGUUUGCAGCCGCUCUUGAGGCGGCAGGGGAAGGCCGCGGGCCCGUCCUCUUCCUGACACGAAGGCCCCUUCAGAGCCUGCCGCUGAGUACACCCGCAGCGCGAGACCAUUGGCGGCUCCAGAAGGUUCGAUUCCAGUACCCAUCCUCAAUUCAAGAGCUUCUCCAGCUGCUAGCCUCUGCCCAUGAGGCCCCAGCACCUGCCCCAUCCCUUCUACUCCUGGACGGCCUGGAAGAGUAUCUAGCAGAGGAUCCAGGUGCCCAGGAAGCCGCCUACUUGGCUGCAUUGCUUCUGGAUACUGCUGCCUACUUUAGCCACCGUCUUGGAGCCAAUGGCAGCUGUGGGCUUGUGGUGGCCCUUGAAACCCAAAAAGAAGCAGAUGGCGAUACCCCACAUCUGGCAUUACUUCAUCGGUAUUUUCCUGCACAAUGCCGCCUGCAGCCAGAUGCCCUAGACUUGGGACAGCAUUGCUGCCUUCGAGCCAGCCUAGAGUUGGGCAAGUUGAGCCCCAGGACAGAGUGGUCAGUGACUUUCUUACCCAGUGGAGAGAUGAAGACCACCCCGUGGCCUGCCCAGGCUUCUUUGCUCAGCCCAGAUAAAAAAGGUUCAAGUGCUGGAAGCCAGUUCUUAACUUUGGGGUGUGACGGCCUCCCUGGUCCUGGGCUUCCCUUGGAUGGGGUACUUACAUCAAGGACAGGUACAGAUUCAAAGACCUGAAAAAAAUGUAGGUUUUCUGUUUAUAAACUAGCAUUAUUGUCGUUGUGGGCUGGCAAGAUGGCUCAGGAGUCAGUGUCCUUGGCAACAAGCAUGAGACCUUGACUGAUCCCAGGACCCACAUGAUAGAAAGACAGAACUGACCCUUGCACGUUGUCCUUGGGCCUCCACAUUUGGGCAGAGGCACACAUAUGACCUCCACACUAAUAAUAAAUUAAUAAUGAAACCUUUAAGAUAAAUCA